AUGGCUGCUUUUCUGCUUCUGCUCGUUGUUUCCUCCCUCUCAUUUGCUGCCAUUGAUCCUGUUCAGUGCACCACAGCUUCUCAUUCACAUGUUCACAUUGUGUACUUGGGCCACAACAACGAUCUUAGUCCUUCUCUGACCACACGGUUUCAUCUCCAACUUCUGUCAACUGUCUUUGCAGAGCCGGAGGAAGCAAGACAAGCUAUUCUCUACAGCUACAGCUAUGGUUUCUCUGGUUUUGCGGCAGUGCUCAAUUCAACGCAAGCCACCACAUUGUCGGAAACAGAAGCGGUCAUAUCAGUAUUCAGGAGCAGGAUGCUGCAGCUCCAUACAACAAGGAGCUGGGAUUUCAUGGGCCUCAGCCUGCAUUCGCAUAUGGAGCAACCAUCCUCCCAAAUGCAUUUGAAGUACGGAGACGACGUAAUUGUCGGUAUCCUCGACACCGCAGGUGUGUGGCCUGAAUCCGAGAGCUUCAGAGAUGACCCCCACCUAGGCCCCGUGCCGUCGUCAUGGCGCGGCACGUGCGUCGGAGGCCAGCAGUUCGACCCGGCCACCGCGUGCAACCGCAAGCUCAUUGGUGCGCGCUACUACCUCGCCGGCUUCGAGGCGGAGACCGGCCCGCUGAACACCAGCGGCGGCGCGGAGUACCGGUCGGCCCGGGACCGCGUGGGCCACGGCACGCACACGGCGUCCACGGCCGUGGGCGCCGUGUCCCCCAACGCGAGCUACUUCGGUGGGCUGGGCCGCGGCGCGGCACGCGGGGGCGCCCCCAGGGCGCGGCUGGCGGUGUACAAGGUGUGCUGGUUCAAGGACCUGACGGGCCGGUGCAACGACGCCGACAUCCUGGCGGCGUUCGACGACGCGCUGCACGACGGCGUGCACGUCAUCUCGGCGUCCCUCGGGUCGCCGCCGCCGCUGUCGCCGCUGUUCGCGACGAGCACCGAGGUCGGGUCGUUCCACGCCAUGCAGCUCGGGGUGUCCACGGUGUUCUCGGCGGGCAACGACGGGCCCGACGCGGCCAUGGUGCAGAACGUGUCGCCGUGGGGUGUCACCGUCGCCGCCAGCACCAUCGACCGGAGGUUCCCGACGGUGAUCGCGCUCGGGAGCAAUGCCUCCUUCGUGGGAGAGGGCUUCAUUGUGAAGGACAUGAAAAUGCCUUUAGUAGAGAGCACUAGCGUCUUUGCCGAUGGGACGUGCUCCCUGGACCAGCUGGUGAACCGCACGGCGGCGUCUGGGAAGAUCGUCUUGUGCUUCUCCACGAUGGGGAUGGUGUCCGGCGAGGGCGCGGCGCUGGCGGUGUACGCGGGCGGCGGCUCCGGCGUGAUCUUCGCUGAUUCCAGCUCCCGGCGGUCCAACCAGGACAACUUCCUGCCCACCGUCCACGUCAACCUGCGCCAGGGCACCCAGAUCCUCAACUACAUCCAGAGCCGUUCAAGGCCACGGCCGACCGUGCACAUCUCGCCGAGCAGGACCGUCGUCGGCAAGACGCCGGCGCCGGCCAUCGCCUACUUCUCCUCCAGAGGGCCCAGCUCCAUUUCUCCAAACAUUCUCAAGCCUGACGUCACCGCACCCGGGGUGAACAUCCUGGCGGCGUGGCCGCCCAAGUCGUCGCCGACGAUGCUCCCUCUGGACAAGCGCUCCACGGAGUGGAACUUCGACACGGGCACGUCCAUGUCGUGCCCCCACGUCACCGGCAUCGUCGCCAUCCUCAGGUCCGUGCACCCGACCUGGUCACCGGCCGCAGUCAAGUCCGCCCUCAUGACCACGGCGUACGUGCAUGACGACACGUCGGACGCCAUGCUGGCCGGUGGCACGCAGAAGGCCGCGGACGCCUUCGACACCGGCGCGGGGCACGUGGACCCGCUGCGGGCGCUGGACCCGGGGCUGGUGUACGACGCGGACGCGCGCGACCACGUGCGCUUCCUCUGCGGCCUCGGCUACACGGAGGCCCAGGUGCGGCAGAUGGUGCUCUCCUCCCCGGCGCUCGACACCAGCUGCGCCGGCGGCGCCAUUGGCGACGCCGACCUCAACUACCCGGCCAUCGUGCUCCCCGAGCUGCGGGCUGCGGCGACCGUGAAGCGGACGGUGACGAACGUGGGCCUCCAGAGGGAAACCGUGUACCACGCUACCGUCAUCAGUCCGCAGGGCGCGCACGUCGAGGUGUGGCCGCCGGCGCUGGCGUUCUCCUCGCGCUGCGCCAGGGCCGAGUACUACGUCACCGUCACGCCGGCGAAGCUCUCGCGCGGUCGGUACGACUUCGGCGAGAUCGUGUGGUCCGACGGCUACCACCGCGUCCGCACGCCGCUGGUCGUCAGGGUCACCAACCUGCCGGACGCCGGCGUCGGCGCUCAGCCCACGAAUCAGCACCGUGAUACUACUGAGUACUGA